AUGAGUUCAUCCAAUGUAGUGCUUAUAAAUUUUGGAGGGAACCAUCUUUCUGGAGAGUUACCCGAAUGUUUUAUCAAAUGGCAACUAUUGACAGUGUUGGACUUAAGCAACAACAAAUUGUCCGGAAGAAUACCGAAUUCCAUAGGAUUUCUUAAACAUUUAGCGUCUUUGAAUCUCCUCGGCAACAAUUUCUCUGGCCAUGUACCUUGUUCAUUGCAAAACUGCACUGGACUAGUGAAGAUCGACUUUACUGAUAACAAUCUUGGUGGGGACAUACCGAAAUGGAUUGACACAAGAUUUUUCAAUCUUAGAUUUCUGAUUUUUCAGUCCAACAAUUUCAGUGGUGAAAUUAGUCCAUCCAUAUGUCAGCUCACUUCUCUUCAAAUCUUGGAUCUCUCUAAUAACAAACUGUCAGGGAAGCUUCCUCAAUGCCUCAACAAUCUUACCACGAUGACCACUAAAAGGAUUUUGGAUAAGCCACAAUAUUUAUAUAAUAUAAGUUUGGAUACUGCAUUUCUAGUGACUUUUCAGGAAAGCGUAUCAAUUUCGAUAAAGGGAAGAGAGUGCACCUACGACAUCAAUCUCUAUUUGGUUAUAAGUAUUAACCUUUCAAACAACUUCCUGUCUGGUGAUAUCCCAAUCGAGAUAACAAAUCUAGUGCAACUCCAAUCAUUGAACCUGUCCCGAAAUCGUCUAACGGGAUCCAUCCCAGACGACAUUGGAAACAUGAAGGCACUCGAAUCUCUUGAUUUCUCAAUGAACUCACUGUCCGGCAACAUUCCAGGUAGCAUCACAACCAUAUCUUUUUUGAAUAGCCUAAAUCUGUCUCAUAACCACUUGACGGGGAGAAUCCCACAAAGCACCCAAAUUGGGACCUUCAAGGAGUCGAGCUUCAUUGGCAACAAUCUUUGUGGCCUUCCACUAAGGAUUUCUUGCAAAAAUGAUGGUAAUGCCCCUGUCCCGACACACGCGCAGAUUCAAGGCCCAAAAAGCAAUAAGGGAGAGAUUGAUUGGUUUUAUGUAUUCCUAUCAUUUGGGUACGCUGUUGGACUUUAUGCUGUCCUCUCUGUAUUGUUUUUUAAGAAGAAAUGGAGGGAAGCUUAUUAUGGGUUCUUUCAGAAAAUGUGGGACUGUGUUUAUGUGUAUUCCAUUAUCCAAUGGAGGAGGCUCAUGAGAGUGUUGGGUCGAAAUCUGUAA